UCAAGUGUUUAUUUAGCAUUUUUACACAAAACACACGCACUUUGACAUAUUUGGUUACGGUAGAAAUCUUUCUUUAAGAAGCAUUUGUUUCUUAAGAUGUUUUUGUUUGAUCUAAGUCGAGUUUAUAGUCGAUGACAUUUUACUUUCUAAAAUGAAAAGUAGUGGGUGGGGUAAUGUAAAAUAAUAAUUCGUUAUAUAAGCUUUAUAUAUAAACUUUGAAAAAUUAGCACAACACAAAUAGUUUAUACUUCAGUGAUACAUAAAAUUGAAUUACUUCAAAUGAAAUCUUUCUAAUAAAUCUUUCUAUAUUCACCUGAAAAGCGAAUUUUAUUGGGAACUUAUAGACCUUACAUCGUUUUUAACAAAUGUCUGAACAAAUCAUCUCAUAUCGGGAUGCCGGGACAAGAGCCCAAAAGCAGGACUGUCCCGCCGAGAUCGGGACGGCUGGCAUAUGUUAACACUAUUGAUGUACACAAGCCAUCUUAAAUCGAGACCCAUGAGCCUGAGACGUGGGCCUGAGAAACUGUAAAGUGCCCCCGCAUGCGCAACAACAACAAAUAAUAACCUGCCGGCAAGAACAUAAUUGUUAUUUCCAAGGACAAAUAAAGAAACCAAGAUAACAUGAUCAGAGGAUGCUCACAGACAAGAACAUUUACGACGUGCCAUAAUACCAUCUUCUCCUCGGUUGUCCACAAACUAACUCUCUACUGAAUGGUUCAUUUAGUCUCCUGAGGAUGGCUGCCGACACCAACAUCUUCACCGAUAAGCAGACCAAUAACUGGUUCAAAGCGUGCAUUGCCCUCAAUUUGACAAAGGAUGGAUUGACUGACUUUGUUGUGACGGAAUUGUUAAACGUCCAAACAAUAGUUGGUAGAAGUUGUGGACAAUGCUUUAUUCAAAACCUUAUACCGUGUCCAACUCAGGACGUGUGUAAAAAGAGGAAAGGAAAUAAUUGUUCUUUCCACAAUUCACAACAACCAAAGUCAUGCCAAACAUGUGAUAAAGUGAAACAAAAUAUCACAUUGUUACACAGAUUUAAUGGGCCCAGUUGGGCAAACACUAAAGCUGAAAGAUGGGCAAUGGAUCCGUGGGAAAUCGGAAAAUGCUACCUCCCAAGGGAUGGAUAUAGCAGUGUAUCCUCUGUGCAAGAAUCUGACUUCAAUGGUGUGGUAAGCAUCAUGUUGAACUGCACGCAUUUCCAGACAUGUCUCUCCGCCGCAUGCCUGUGUCCACCUCCACCUGAUAAGCGAUGCCCGCUUGAGAAGGUCCGUCAAAUAGGCCGAGAUGUACGCCACACUGCGGACUGCAAGGUUACAGAUGCUGAUCUGCAGUACUUCUUUCUGACACUGACCACCCUACUUGCUGAUCCAGUCCGCUUAUUGCAUGAUUCCUCAGCAACAGAAGCGCGCAGGAAAAUCAGUGAUAUAUUUUGCAGAAUUUUGAUUCAUUAUGAAUCAGUUCAGAUGUGUUUGGGGGAUCACCUUUUGAUGUCCAUCCUUGAAAGCACCAUGGCUCCUUGGCUAGUCAGUACAGAAAUACUGGUCUUUAGUAUCAGGAGCAGCCGGGCGAAGUGGGACGGUGAAGUAUCAAAGAAAAAAUGUCUCACCUUUUGCCAACACUGGGACAGUUAUUCGCACUUCGAGAUUAACCACAGUGCCUUUAUUUCAAGGAUGGGCAGAACAAGGCAUUCUCACAGCAUCAGAUGGGCUAGGUUAUGUAUCAAUUUAACGUUGCAGAAUGAUCGUCUUUCACUUGAUGAUUUGGGCAAGUUGUUAGAAGAAGCCAAUCAAACCCUCACACAAGCAAAAGAGGCCGGAGAACGUUUUUCUGAAGAUGCUGAAAGGACCCUGAAAGAAGGUUUGAAUACCUUAGAGGCUAAAAUACUGGCUGGAGAACAACGCCUUAAAAACAAGGCACAGGCUGGAGAUCAAAGCAUUGAAAACAAGACACAGGCUGGAGAACAGAGCAUUGAAAACAAGACACAGGCUGGAGAACAAAGCAUUGAAAACCAGACACAGGCUGGAGAACAAAGCAUUGAAAACAAGACUCAGGCUGGAGAACAACGCAUUGAAAACAAGACACAGGCUGGAGAACAAAGCAUUGAAAACAAGACACAGACUGGAGAACAAAGCAUUGAAUACAAGACACAGGCUGGAAAACAGAGCAUUGAAAACAAGACACAGGCUGCAGAACAGAGCAUUGAAAACAAGACACAGGCUGGAGAACAAAGCAUUGAAAACAAGACACAGGCUGGAGAACAAAGCAUUGAAAACAAGACACAGGCUGGAGAACAAAGUAUUGAAAACAAGACACAGGCUGGAGAACAAAGCAUUGAAAACAAGACACAGACUGGAGAACAAUGCAUCAAAAACAAGACACAGGCUGGAGAACAAAGCAUUGAACACAAAACACAGGCUGGAGAACAAAGCAUUGAAAACAAGACACAGUCUGGAGAACAACGCAUUGAAAACAUAACACAGGCUGGAGAACAAAGCAUUGAAAACAAGACACAUGCUGGAGAACAGAGCAUUGAAAACAAGACACUGGCUGGAGAACAAAGCAUUGAAAACAAAACACAGACUGGAGAACAAAGCAUUGAAAACAAAACACAGGCUGGAGAACAGAGCAUUGAAAACAAGACACAAGAAAGCAUCAACCGCAUAAAUCAAGCAGCGAAUGAAAAGGAGCUAGACGAAUACGAGCGAGGCGUAGCAGAUCUUCUAUUGCGAUUGGUGAACCAUUACCGUGAUACCGUUUGCUACGUGCCUCUGUCUACUUUGGAUCCUAGUCUUGAUAAGCACGUACAAGACAUCUAUGCCACUCCAAAAAUACACAAGAUGAAGAUUGAGAAUGAUGGGAGACGCACACAACAAGAACAAAUAUUAACAUACAGAGAUUGCUUUCAUAGAGGUGAUCAUUUAUCUAGACGUACAUAUUUACAAGGCGAGCCAGGCAGCGGCAAGACAACUUUUGCUUCCAAAUUAGUUGACGAUUGGUGUAACAUGCAUGAGCCAUCAACUGAAUCUACAAAAGAACAAACGGCUUUCAGUGAUGUUGAAACCCUUCAUGAAUUCAAGUUUCUCUUUUUCAUUUCGUUGCGCGAUUCGAGAGAACAGACACAUGUAACACACAUGAUACAAACACAGCUCAUCUACAAAAUCUACGCGGCAGACGAAUGGGAAAGUGCGAAUAAUCUGGUCCUAAACAUAAUGAGAAAUGUGAUGUACCUCGUCGUUCAAGACGGUCUGGAUGAGUGGGCUGGUAAAGAAGCUCUGCCAUCUAUGGACGGAAUUCCUAAGGAUCAUUGCAUUUUGCUCACAACUUCUAGACCAUGGAAACUCGCGGACGAACGUAUCAAGAAUUCUCAAAUAGACAUAUUGAUGGAAGUUUACGGAGUAAUUGAUUCUGAGGGAUUCAGUGAAAGGAUACUGCGACAUCUUCUUGAUGAAAUAAAGGAUCUUAACAAAACUUUGAAGAAGUUUCAGAACUUUCUGGAGAGUCGUAACCUUGAGUCGAUAUCAUCUUCGCCCAUGCUACACACGCUUGUCCUCUGUACUUGGGUAGAUGAUAUGGCUGAAGGUCUUACCGGAUCGUCAAGGUGUGAAUUGUUUACCACCUUGCUUGAAAACUUAUGUAAAAAAGCUAACCCACAAAUGAGUUAUUUCGAUCAAUACUACCCAUCACCAGUAAACUGCUUUUCUCGCACGAAGUAUGUUAAACCAAACAUGGAACAUAUAGAUGUUAUAGCCAAAGCUGCGUUUUCAUUUUUGUUUUCAAAUGAAAAAGAAAUAUCACUAGUGUUCAGCGACAUUAAUCUUUCGGCUCAUUUGUCUGAAAGUACAAAGCAGUUCGCACUACAUUCAGGAUUAAUAUCCAAAAGAAAAAGUAAAAAAUGUUAUGAUAAUACAAGCUCGUUUGUCCACAAGACUGUUCAAGAGUUCUUUGCUGCUCUUCACAUCUCCAACAAUACUGACGUGAUUGAUAACGUUAUUUACGAAUAUCUCAAAAGUAAUAGGGAUUUUUAUAUGGAUAUUUCUCAAGUUUUCAAAUUCCUUUGUGGUUUCAACAUCUUGGCAGCUAAUAAACUAUCUGCACUGAUGAAUCAGGCCAACGAUGUUGGUCAUGGGUAUUAUCGCUAUGCUUUCCAAAGAGUCAUCCUCUCAGGUUAUAGGGAGGCUGUGGCAAACAAGAACACUCCAAUAGACGUACAUCUGAGUCACUUUGACUUUUUUGAAAGUAAUACUGAAGAUUGGAUCAACAUCUUUGCACUGAACGCUCCACGGGCUCGAUCUUUACAUGUUACCAGUUUAAUAAACAGCCCUGUAAUAAUACGUUCACAAGACGCGUCGACUUAUCUUUGUCAGGGACCUAGAUCCGUCUCAUUAGCUGCACGUGAUUAUGCCGACCCCUCUACCAGAGCGAAGCAGAAAGAAGUCAUAUCGUCUGCAUCUUGUUUGGAAUUCGACUUAUCGGCGUGUCACAACCUGGAACAGUUGGAGCUCAAGGGUGAUAUAACCGUGCUACCAAAUGCACUUGUGGGUUUGAAGAAGUUGAAAUAUCUAACAAUGGAUGAGGAUUGUAAAUGUGAAGCGCUUGACUUGUCACAUUAUGAACACAUAGAACAGUUGGAACUUAAUGGUGAUAUAACCGUGCUACCAAAUGCACUUGCGGGUUCGAAGAAGUUGAAAUAUCUAACAAUGGAUAUGGGUUGUAAAUGUGAAGCGCUUGACAUGUCACAUUAUGAACACAUUGACAUAGAAUCAAUUGUACUCGGAGAAGGAGUAACUUUACUACCACAUUCUAUUACUCAUUUUAAGAAUCUGAAAUGUAUUGAAAUAAACACAGCUUAUAAAGAACUAGAUUUGUCAAUGUUUGAAAACAUAAAUUCAAGAACAAUCAGCAAAAGAGUGCAAGUGUUACCGAAGCAACUACUCAUUAAUAACAAUCAAAAACUUGAGGUUACUGGUUUGCAUGAAUUUGAUUUCAACAGAUGUGACAAGAAAGACAUUCAUACAUGGUGUCUUCUAAACGGUGCUGAUCCAGUGCUGUGUGCAGACUAUACUCCAGUGCUGCCCUCCAUAAAACGCAUUAAUUUGAUUAAUGUAACGUGUUCCUCCACCUGGCUACGCAGUCUGCUCACCACACUGUUUAAAUUCGAUCAUAGUGUGAAGUGUGAUAUUUUCUCCUGUUACAUAACCUCACUCAACGUCAGCAAGUCACCUGAUACAUCCGUAUAUAUAACAACGGAUUUAAACAAUACGUGUACAUGUACAUUAAAUUUAAAUUACGAUAGCCCUGGUCUAUGGGAGACUCUGCUCGGUCUGAGUGUCAAGAAUCUGAGCAUUUCGAGUAGGGUUUCGGGUUUGAAGAUUAAUCAUGUAUCGUCAUUGCCACGGUCACUAGCAACCCUCUCACAGCUGGAAACGCUUAGAUUGCAUUUGACAGCAUAUAUCGACCUACAGCUUCCUCUGUCAUUGAAUCAUGUGACUGUCUGUUUUGAAACAUUGCAUCCAUCAGAACUUCGCCACCUGGUGAACAAGCUGUCUGCACGGACUCACUCACUUGAGUGUAGAGUGGAAUUCGUUUGUGUUCAUUUCAAGGACACAAAUAUGAGACAUAAAAUUCCAUCAGAGGAAUACAUACCCAUCCAACAAGAACUCGAAACUAUGCAGCAUGUUGAUGUGGAACGAUUUCGAAUAUAUGACUGGGCACCUUCCGCCAAUCAAUGGUCUGCACGUGGCAGUGUUGUUGAUGAUGAUCUUGUUGAUGAGAUUGUUGAUAAUGAAUUUUGUAAAGACUUUCUUGGACGACUUCAUUUCCCUCGCAGUCAGAUUGACGGCCUCAGUCGCAUAUCAAUGCGACUUAAGAUUAAGAUCCAACCUUGA